AUGACACGUAUACAACGCAACCACACAAAACGAUGUCAUUUUUUAUACAUCUUUUCAUGGUUUAUCACUGGAUGCAGCUUGAUUACUACUACAUUUGUUUUUAAACGUACACAAUCAUCGAUAUGUUUGUCUAGAAACUCUGAUAAUGAAAUUAUUAAUCGUCAAGAUGAAUGGAAAUAUCAAAAUAGUAUCACUGAUGAAUGGUAUCAUUGGAAAAUAUCAUAUAAAGAAGAAAAUAAUCAUGCUGAAUGGUAUGUCAAUUGGUUAAAUGUUGCUCCAACAUCAUAUCUUGGUGUUAUUGUCUAUUUGACUACCAUUAAUGAAAUUGAUUCACUUAAAACAUCACUUACUCAAUUAUCUCGUUUACUAUCAAAUAAUCCUCGACCUGUUGUCAUUUUUCAUGAAGGUGAUUUUAGUUCUGAUGAUAUUCAAAAAUCUUUAGCUAAAAUAUUAGGUGAUCGUACUCCAUUAGGUUUUGAACAUAUCCAAUUUUCUAAUAAUUCGAAUCGACCUCAAUCUGUUCAUCGUGGAUGGCCACCUAAGUAUUUUGAUAUGUGUCGUUUUUUUACUCUAAUGCUUCCAAAUCAUCCAUUAUUAACCUUAUUCACAUACUAUUGGCGACUUGAUGCACAUUCUUAUAUAUUUGGACCAAAACCUAUAGAAGAUCCAUUUGAAAUUAUGCAAAAGCGACAUAUUCAGUAUGCUUUUAUAAUGGCUAAUGAAGAAGGUGAACAUUAUGCUACUGGAUUAUGGUCACUUUUUCAUGAGUUUCUCAAUGAUCAUUGUUUGAAACCUUCAAAAGGUUUUCGUCAAACACAAACUAAUUGGUUCGGUGGCUAUUCAUUUGCUAUUGUUUUUACAAAUUUUGCUAUUGCUAAUGUUUCUCUUUUUCGUGAUCAUUCAUUGAUAAGAACUUGGCUUCAUAGAGUUGAUCUUAAUGGUGGCAUUUAUCGUUAUCGAUGGGGUGAUGCACCAAUUCAUACAUUAGUUCUAACUCAAUUACUUUCACAAGAUCAUAUUGUACGUCUUAGAUAUUUUGGAUAUAUGCAUCGACGUGAAUAUAUCUGUGCUAGUGGUAUAGAAGAAGAUUUAUGUAAAGCACAAAGACAAUUUUGGAAUGAACGUGCGAUCGUAUACAUAUGUCCUUAUACAAAAAUAAAUAACAAUGAUGCAAUUUUAAAAGAUAACAUUGGACCUAUUGUUGUACUAGCUGAUGAUGUUUUAAAUAAAAAUGGAUUUAUAAUAUCAUUAACGAUAACUAUCAGCAGCUGUUCAGACAACUGCAAAAGUAUUAUAAAUUUUCCUAUGACAUCAAAUACUGUUCCUAUUUAUCGACAAGGACGUAAAUUUUACGUAUCCACUGAAGAAUAUGAACGUAUACGUUCCGAAGAACGAAAACAGCGUCGUACAGCUAUAUUAAAAUCUCAACAAUUACCUGUUUCAAAAUCAUAUCAAACAUCUAUUCGAUCACCUUCAACAUUUUCAUAUAAUCCUAUUCAACGAAAUAAUUCAAAUUUGUAUGAUUAUAAAUAUGGUGUUGCGAAAACACAUCAAUUACCUGUUAAUUCAUUACUAAAUACAGAUAAUCAACGUGAAUUAAAUAGAUUAUCUCGUUCAACAUUAAAACAUUAUGAUGGUCAAGAUGAUUUAUCAUCGAUUACAUCAACUACUUCGAAAACAAAACCAUCGACUACUAUUCGUUCAUAUUCAUCUGAUAAAGUACUUGAUAAUCGAAGGACUCCAUUAUUAUCUAAAACCGAUAAUACAAUCAAACGUUCAUUGUCAGAUGAAAGCACACAAAUACAAUCAUUAGUUCAACAACAAAAACCAAAACAACAAUCACAUAUUUCAUCACAUCGAACAAUUUCAAGAACAGUUUCUAAUUAUGGAAUGUCUCCUAGAACAACAUUUUCCAUAACACCAACUGAUCAAACAUAUACUCAAACAAAUACUUCAACAUUAACAAGUUAUUUAGCACGUAUAAAACAUCCAAGUUUAAAUCGUUCGUCAAAAUCAUUACAAUUAUCUAAUCCAGCAACUGGUACAUUAUUUGAAACAAGUAUGCAAGGUUUUGAUAAUGUUUAUACUAUACUUGGUUCAUCAAAUCGACUGUCUGGUACUAUUUCAUCAUCUUUACCAACUUCAUCAAUAACAAAUAAUAGUAAAAAUGAAUAUUAUUAUCGAGAUACAACAAAUGGUUCGUUUUCUGAUGAGAAUUCAUCUACAUUAUCAAUGAUAUUUCAACAACAGAAUACAGAUAAAAAUAAUAUUAAUCGACAAUCGGAAUAUGUUGAUGAAACCAAUGAUAAUCAUAGUCAACAACGUGAUUCAUGGACACGUUCAACAAUACGCAGUCCCUCAAGUGAUGGUAUAACAGAAAAAAAACGUGUUCGUUUUGCUGAUACAGAAGGUUUUACAUUAGAAGUAAUAUCUGAUAAAAAUCAAUUAAGAUCAACAAAAACUAAUCGAUUAUUAACCAAACGAGAAAGUAUGCAAAAUUCGAGUGAUUCUCGUGAUCAAAAACAACCAUUUCAUAAUGCAUUUUAUCAAGUAACGACUAAACUUGGUCGAAGUAAACUUGCAACGGAUGUAUAA